AUGCCUCCGACCGGGCAGAAGAAGCGGGCUGCGCACUGCCGGAUUUGGGCUCUGAUUUUCGCGUUGAUUGCGUGCGCUGUGUCGGUGGAUGGAUGCCCACACAAGUGCAGCUGCUCCGGGUCGCAUGUGGACUGCCAGGGUCUGGGUUUGAAGACGGUGCCCAAAGGAAUACCGAGGAAUGCCGAGCGCCUGGAUUUGAACAGAAACAACAUCACCAGAGUCACUAAAGUGGAUUUCUCUGGCAUCAAGAACCUCAGAAUUCUUCAUCUGGAGGACAACCAAAUCAGUGUUGUAGAGAGAGGAGCCUUUCAAGACCUCAGACUGCUGGAGAGACUUCGUCUGAACAGAAACAAACUCCAGUUUCUCCCAGAGCUUCUCUUCCAGUCCAACCCCAAACUAGGACGACUAGACCUCAGUGAGAACCAGAUUCAGGCGGUUCCGAGGAAAGCUUUCAGAGGAAUCACCAGUGUCAAGAACCUGCAACUGGACAGCAACCACAUCAGCUGCAUCGAAGAUGGAGCUUUCCGAGCGCUGCGCGAUCUGGAGAUUCUCACCCUCAACAACAACAACAUCACCCUCAUCCCCCUGUCCAGCUUCAACCACAUGCCUAAACUGCGGACACUUCGUCUGCACUCCAACAACCUUCACUGUGACUGUCACCUGUCCUGGCUGUCUGAUUGGCUCAGGGCAAGGCGGGGUUUGGCUCCCUUCACUCAGUGCAUGGCCCCCGCCCACAUGAGGGGCCUCAAUGUCCCAGAUGUGCAGAAAAAGGAUUUUGUCUGCAAUGGUCCAACCCAGACAGAGUCGAGGACUUGUGUACCUCAGGUAGCCAUAUGUCCGCCCAGCUGCACCUGCAACAACAACAUAGUGGACUGCAGACGUAAAGGCAUCACUGAAAUACCAGCCAACCUCCCAGAGGGCAUUGUGGAGAUUCGUUUGGAGCAGAACUUGAUUAAAAGUGUCACAGCAGGAGCCUUCUCUGCCUACAAGAAGCUUAAGAGGAUUGACUUGAGUAAGAACCAGAUUUCUGACAUUGCAGCCGAUGCUUUCAGCGGCCUUCGCUCACUCACCUCAUUGGUGUUGUACGGCAACAAGAUCACUGAACUACCCAAGGGAUUGUUUGAUGGACUGGCUUCCCUGCAGCUACUGCUGCUGAAUGCCAACAAAAUCAACUGUCUGAGAGUCAACACCUUCCAAGACCUACAGAACCUCAACCUGCUAUCACUGUAUGACAACAAACUCCAAACCAUCAGCAAAGGACUUUUCACCCCUCUACGUUCCAUCAAGACUCUUCAUCUGGCCCAGAAUCCCUUCAUGUGUGACUGUCACCUGAAGUGGCUGGCUGACUACCUGUUCGACAACCCAAUCGAGACCAGUGGAGCACGCUGCAGCCACCCCAGAAGGCUGGCCAACAAACGCAUCAGCCAAGUUAAAGGCAAAAAGUUCAGGUGCACAGGUCAGGAAGACUAUCGGAGCCGUCUGAGUGGCGAGUGUUUCCAGGAUCUGGUAUGCCCAGAGAAAUGUCGCUGUGAAGGCACCGUGGUUGACUGCUCCAAUCUCAAACUGACCCGUUUACCUCCACACAUCCCUGAACACACCACAGACCUGCGGUUAAACGACAAUGAGAUUGCUGUCCUGGAGGCUGGAGGGACGUUUAAGAAGCUGCCUAACUUGAGGAAGAUCAACCUGAGCAACAACAAGCUGCGGGACAUCCGUGAGGGUUCUUUUGAUGGGGCAGGUGGAGUUCUGGAGCUGCUGCUGACGGGGAACAAGCUAACUGGGCUGCAGGGACGAAUGUUCAGAGGUCUAACUGGCCUGAAAACUCUAAUGCUGCGGAGCAACCAAAUCAGCUGCAUUGACAACACUACAUUUACCGGUCUGAGCUCAGUUCGUCUUCUGUCGCUCUAUGACAACAGGAUCACCAGCAUCGCCCCAGGAGCUUUCUCCACCCUGCACUCGCUGUCCACUAUUAACCUCUUGUCCAACCCAUAUGUGUGUGAUUGCCACUUGGCCUGGCUAGGUCAGUGGCUGAAGAAGACCAGGGUGGUCAGUGGAAACCCUCGCUGCCAGAAGCCAGCCUUCCUGAAAGAGAUCCCUAUCCAGGACGUAGCAACACCGGACUUCACAUGCGAUGGUGUUGAGGAUAAUGGUUGUCUUCCUGCGUCUGGUUGUCCUGAUGUCUGCACGUGCUCAGACAGCGUGGUGCGAUGCAGCAACAGAGGGCUGCACUCUCUGCCCAAGGGCAUUCCCAAGGACACCACUGAACUGUACCUGGAGGGUAAUAUGCUGACAUCUGUGCCCAAGGAGCUAGUAGGCCUGAAGCAGCUGUCGUUGGUAGACCUGAGCAACAACAGCAUCAGUACAUUGGGCCCAUACACCUUCAACAACAUGACUCAACUAGCCACACUCAUCCUGAGUUAUAACCAGAUUCGCUGCAUCCCGGUCCAUGCCUUCGACGGGCUCAAGUCACUUCGCCUACUAACUCUCCAUGGCAACGACCUUUCAACUAUACCAGAAGGAGCUUUCAACCACCUCACCGCUCUGUCCCACCUGGCUCUUGGUGCCAACCCCUUGUACUGUAACUGUGACCUGCGCUGGCUCUCUCAGUGGGUGAAGGCUGGCUUUAAAGAGCCUGGCAUUGCUCGCUGUACUGGACCUCCUGACAUGGCUGACAGGCUGCUGCUCACCACUCCACUCAACAGAUUUCAGUGCAAAGGUCCAGUAGAUAUCAGUCUCAUGUCAAAGUGCGCCCCCUGCUUGGCAGCACCCUGCCAAAAUAAUGGUACCUGUGUGUCUGAUGCCACUGGAUCCUACCACUGCACCUGUCCGUUUGGAUUUAAGGGUCAGAACUGUGAGAUACCUAUAAAUGCCUGUAUUAGUUUCCCCUGCGUUAAUGGAGGAACAUGCCACAUUCAGCCUGGCCUUCAAGACUACUUCAGCUGUGUGUGUCCGCCAGGUUUUGAGGGCCAGCGCUGCGAGGUAAAUCCAGAUGACUGUGAAGACAACGACUGUGAAAACAACUCCACCUGCGUUGAUGGAAUCAACAACUACACCUGCGUCUGUCCGCCCAACUACACAGGCGACUUGUGUGAGGAGGUGAUUGACCCCUGUCUUCAUGGUUUCGACCCCUGUCAGCAUGACUCAAAGUGUGUCCAUGUUGGUCGCAGUUACAGGUGUGAGUGUUUACCGGGCUAUGUUGGCCAACACUGUGAGCAGGACUAUAAUGACUGUCUGGAGAAUAAGUGUCAACAUGGAGCAGAGUGUGUGGACGCUGUCAACGGCUAUACCUGCGUCUGUAAACAGGGUUUCAGCGGGCUGUUCUGCGAGAACCCUCCACCAAUGAUCUUGCUGCAGACCAGCCCCUGUGACCAAUCAGAUUGCCAGAACGGUGCCCAGUGCUUGGUGGUUGCUGGGGAGCCCAUCUGUCGCUGCAUGCCUGGUUUCUACGGCAACAAAUGUGACAAGAUGGCCACUGUUCACUUCCUGGGUCGCGAUGGGUAUGUGGAGCUGCCAGGCGCGAAGCUCCGUCCCACUGCACAUAUUUCAUUACAGGUGGCUACAGAUAAAGACAAUGGUAUUCUAUUGUAUAAGGAAGAUCAUGACCCCCUGGCACUGGAGUUGUACCAGGGACACAUACGACUCAUCUACGACAUCGCCAACUACCCACCCACCACUGUAUAUAGUGUGGAGACUGUGAAUGACGGCCUUUUCCACACGGUUGAGCUGUUGAUUCAAAACCGUUCACUGAGCCUGGUUGUGGAUAAUGGCGCCCCCAAGAGCCUGGGAAAGCUAGCACGCCAGCCCUCUGUUGACCACAACACCCAGCUUUACAUAGGAGGCGUACCAUCCCAGGUGGUGGCCUUGGGUCUACGUCCCGGCCCUGAACGUUCCCCUCAGGCCUUCAAUGGCUGUAUCCACAAUGUUAAAAUCAACGGGGAGCCCCAGGACCUGAGUUACAGAGCCACAGGAGGACGACCACAAGGGGCUGAUGGCAUUCUUUCAGGAUGUCACACCUGCAGUGUGUGUGCACAGGGUGCGUGCAGAGAGGGUGCCGAGACAGGGGUAACAUGUGACUGUCCUCCAGGACGUAGUGGGACCUUGUGUGACCAGACAACAGCACCGACUCCCUGUCAGAACAGCAGAUGUGUUCAUGGUCUGUGUGUACCGAAGGGUCAGUCCUACAGUUGCCAGUGUAGUGAAGGCUAUCAAGGUCAAUUCUGUGACCGAAGACAGGAGCCUCCAGCCUGCAGGGGGCAGCGCUGCGGGGGACACGGGGAGUGUCGUGUGUCAGAGGCAGGAGAGCCUGUCUGCCAUUGUCAACCAGGGUACACUGGACCAUCCUGUAACCCAGAGGUGACAUGUCAAGGAGAGAUGGUGAGGGAGCCGCUGAAACGCCAUCACCCCAUGAGAACGUGCACGUCUACCAGCAAAAUCCCACGCAUGGAUUGUUCUCGAUCUUGCCAGACAGCAGCGCCCCCUGGUGUUUGCUGUGGCGCCACCAAGAGCCGAAAAAGGAAGGUGGUCUUCCGCUGCAGCGACGGCACCUCGUACUCCGAGGAGAUGGAGACGGCCCUGGAAUGUGGCUGUUCCAAAUGUCCGUUGUAACAGCACCGUAGUUUGUUCAU